CCUCGGGCCGGGGAAACUUGUUCCGUGUAGCAGGUCGAACGAAGCAGGCCAAGAUGACAUUUAUCUCCUCCUCCUCCUUUACCACAACCUCCUCCCUCUCCUCUUCAUCCUCCUCCUCGCCUUCAUGAUCCGUACUCCUCUGCUCCGCCUACAGCAGACUACACACCAUCUGAUCAAGAACACUUCCCCUGCACUCACCACAUUCUCGUCGUCCUCCUUCUCGACCACAACCAUCCCACAGCAGAACCUCCACGCCAUGUCCGACCGACCCAAUGGACUGAUUGCCAAAAGCGGCCUCGAGUUGCUGACAUUCGGCACACCCAAUGGCCACAAAGCAAGCAUCCUCCUCGAAGAACUCAAAGCAGCCUACGGCAAACCCGACUACGUCUUCCAAAGCAUCAACAUUAUGCAAAACAUCCAGAAAGAGCAAUGGUUCACCGACAAAGGCCCCAACGGCCGCAUCCCCGUCCUCAUCGACCACGACAAGGACGGUCUGGGCAUCAUGGAAGGUGCUGCCAUUCUGACCUAUCUGACACGACACUUUGAUCCCGAGUUUAAAUUCUCGUUCAAAAAUGACCCGGAGCUGUCGUUGGUGGAGCAGUGGGUGGCCUGGCAACAUGGUGGUUUGGGCCCCAUGCAGGGACAGGCUAACCACUUUUAUCGUUUGGCGAAAGAGCGGAUUGCGUAUCCUACGCAACGAUAUGUGGGCGAGACGGAACGUUUGUAUGGCGUGUUGGAUAUUAGACUGAAGGGGAGAGAGUAUCUUGUGGGGGACAAGUACUCGAUUGCGGAUAUUGCGAAUUUCAGCUGGGUCAACGUAUCCUACUUCGCCGGCGUCAAUCUCGAAAAAUUCCCCAACUUGUACAAAUGGUGGGAACGAAUCAAUGCCCGCCCUGCUGUACAAAAGGGUAUCGCGAUCCCCAAUGAACCCUCGAUUACCAAUGAGAUGUACUUGAAGAGGGUGAAGGAGAAUGCAGAUGGGUUUGCGGACAAGGAGGAGGAGUUGAAGGAGCAUUUGAAGAAGGCGCAGCUGCAGUAUGAAUAUAAGUAUUCGGCUCCUUGAAUGUGUUGGCGGGGGAGUAGUAAAUGUGGAAAGAAGUGGCGAUGAAUGAUGAUAUAUAUAUAUACGAGAAAAAGUCUCGGAUCUCUCUGUGUGUUCUCCAGAGUGAGAGGAAAGCGAAUCUGCCUACCUCCCGAGUCAAUUCAAAAUCCCAUCCCAACUCCAACCGCAAGUCGACUCU